AUGAGUUCUAUAGGAGGCCGAGGUCAAGGGAAGAGAAAAGAUACCAAAGCAACCUCUCGGUCACAUAUGGCAGGGUUGCAAUUCCCUAUAGGUCGAAUUACUCCCUUUCUCAAGGCAUGGAAAUAUAUAGAGCACAUAGGUGUUGGGGUUCCUAUCUAUCUUGUUGUCAUUUUAGAGUAUGUUGUUGCCGAGGUUCUUGAGUUGGCUAUUAGAAAUGAUAAAGAGUUGAGUAAGUUGUUGGGUUCUGUGACAUUUGCCAAUGGAGGGACAUUGAAGGAGGAAAUGCCAACAAGAAUCAUGGGGCAUUUGAAUACUUUCAGUGAUGAGAAGGCUAUGAUGGAUGCCAUCGAGGCCAUGAAUGAUAAUGAGUUAGAUGGGGGGAAUAUUAUCAUCAAUCAGACCCAAUCCAAGACUAGCAGCGAUGGCGGUGGAGGCUACCAUGGCAUUAUGGUGGUGGUGGUGGAGUGUCCGAGGGAAACUAGAGGAGAUGAGAGUUUCAUUAACUCUUUCAAAGUGGUGUCUUGGAGAAACAUGGAUAAUGAUCAUUCUAUAGUUGAAUAA